GGUUCAAUAAGUCCUGAACCUGAAGUACAGUUAACAGUUCAAUCCGGAUGGGCAGACCGGUUAUCUUCUGCUGACACUCUGCUUUUGCUCUCUUGAUAGUUGAUAGCAAAUAGCAAUGGAGGCAUCAAGUUGCCGCGCCUCUUCUGUCUUUUCGGCUCGUUUCUACGAGCACAAGAAGAGAAUUUCGCCACCCAUUCUACUUUCGGCACGAGUUACUACCUCUGCGUCGCUCCCCACGGCUUCUUCUCCAAGAAAGCAAGCAAUUUCCAAGACAACUCCGCAACACCCUGCUCGCAAAUCAGGGCCUAUGAGAGAUUCGAGCAGAAUUCAGAAGGAAGUUUCUCCUCAUAGAGCUGUCUCUGCUGUGAGAUUGAUGCGUAUAGAAUUUGGUGGUGCUUUUGCUGACCUUUUGAAUGAGCAAGGGAAGGGUUCAGGAGAAAGUGAAAUGGGAUAUGUUGAAAGGACUCUUGGGUUUUGCACUCGCGAGUUGGAUGAUAGAGAUUUAAGACUGGUAACAGAGAUUGUUGGAGGUACCAUUCGCUGGAGGAGAUACCUUGAUUAUUUGAUUCUUUCACUGUGCCAUGAUGAGAAUACAUUCAGAGGCAUGGAACCUCUUUUGCUACAGAUUCUUCGAAUUGGUUUCUAUGAGAUUGUCAAAUUAGAAAUGCCACCUUAUGCAGUGGUAGAUGAGAAUGUUAAGCUUGCAAAAUUUGCUCUCAGACCUGGUGCUGGUAACAUGGUAAAUGGGAUUCUCAGGAAGCUAGUCUUUCUUAAGGAAAAUGAUUCCCUUCCUGAAGUGAAAAUUGAAGGUAACGAUCGCCAGCAAGCGCGUGCUCUCAGCACUCUUUACUCUCACCCAGUUUGGAUGGUGAGACGAUGGACAAAAUAUUUUGGACUUGAAGAAGCUAUUAAGCUGAUGGUAUGGAACAACAACGAUCCAAGUUUCAGCCUCAGGGCAAAUACUGGAAAAGGUUUAACAAGGGAUGACCUUGUGACACGCCUUACAAUGUUGAAGGUUCAACAUGAGCCUUCUCCCUACUUGGACGAUUUUGUUCGUAUCAAAACAGGAAUGCAGAAUGUCAUUCAAGGUGGUUUACUGAAAGAAGGUUUUUGUUCGGUCCAGGAUGAGAGUGCAGGGUUGGUGGUUUCUAUUGUUGAUCCCAAACCUGGUGAGAGCAUUAUUGAUUGUUGUGCUGCACCGGGAGGAAAAACCCUUUUCAUGGCAUCCCGCUUGAGAGGCCAAGGCAUGGUCUUUGCAGUCGACAAAAAUAAAGGCCGAUUAAGGAUCCUCAAAGAGACAGCAAGAUUGCAUGAAACUAUUGAUGUCAUCACAACUGUUCAUGCUGAUCUUCGUAAAUUUUCUGGCAGCAAUGCUGUCAAAUCUGACAAAGUUUUGCUAGAUGCUCCUUGUUCAGGAUUGGGAGUUCUUUCUAAGCGAGCAGAUUUACGUUGGAAUAGAAGACUGGAGGAUAUGGAACAACUUAAGAAUUUACAAGAUGAACUUCUUGAUUCAGCUUCAACGUUGGUGAGGCCAGGUGGAGCGCUAAUAUACAGCACUUGCUCCAUUGAUCCAGAAGAGAAUGAAGAAAGAGUUGAAGCUUUUCUUCUGAGGCAUCCAGAGUUCUACAUUGAUCCAGUAGACAAAUACGUUCCCCCAGAAUUUGUCACCAGAAAGGGUUUCUAUGCCUCUAAUCCUGUCAAGCAUGCAGUUGAUGGAGCCUUUGCUGCUCGUCUCAUUCGAUCUCGAUAAAGUCAAGAAUAUGGCAAGACUUGAGACAAACACUUGCCGUAAUCCAUCCAGCUGGCCUGGCCUACGUUCACUUCAACUACAAUCUGCUAAACUCGGUGAGUGAUAUCCAAUAAACCUCCCUGUGUCUCAGAAGAAAAAAUAAAUAAAGGCAAUUCUGAACCUUCAAGCAAAGGCUUAAUGUAUGAUUUUGGAUUUGUUUGAGAUGUAACAACAUUUGAAGGGUCAUUGUACUACCAAAAUUGAUUGGGGAGGGGAGGUGAUGACUGAAGAGAGGGUGAGGGUCUCUAUUCUGUAGGCUAAUGCUAAAUAUGUACAAAUUUUUAUAUACACAGUAUUAGUUGAUAUGGGCUAUGGCCAAUAGUGAAAACAUUCUUUUUUGUCUUUUUAUAUUUUUGUCUUCUUGCACUCUUGAUGAUAAAACAUUCUUAUAAAACAUUCUUCUUUGUCA